CACAGUCCUUUGGACCGAUACGGGAAAGAAGGGCCCGGAGAGGGGCGGGAUUUCCGGAUGUGGGGAGGGGGCAGGGUCAGAUACUUGACACUGAGCAGAGAUUGAGGGGGAGACGGGAGACUGUUGUAGUGACCCAGAGACCCUACGAGAGACAGAGACUGAUGAGACUCUUGGAGAGACACAGUAACGUGGAGCCUGGGGGAGACGCAGAGCCCAGAUGACGGGGGAGACGCUGGGACGGAGCUAGACAGAGGCUUGGGGAGCCCCCGGGGAGCCCGCGGGAUGGGGGCCUGACGCUGCGGCUGCCGGAUCCCGGAGGAUCCUGGCGUUUGGAAGAGAAGAACUGAGCUGACCUCCUUGGUCUGGGGGAGUCAAGCCACAGCCCAUAGUACUGGUCCCUGGGCAGCCCAGGCCAGGUGGAGGUGGGCCGGGCCAUGGCAGGCACCCCACUCCUGCAUGGGGAGUUUGGCUCCUAUCCAGCCCGAGGCCCCCGUUUUGCCCUGACACUCACUCCAGUAGCCUUGCAUGUGCAGCGGCUGCGCCCUAGACCAGAGGCCUGGCCCCAGGGGGGCCUGGUCCCUCUGGCUGAGGUCUCUGGUUGCCGGACCUUGCGUAGCAGCUCCCCUAAUGACUCUGCUGCUUACCUGUGCGUCUACACUUAUCCACGAGGCCGGCGGGGUAGCCGCCGGCGGGCAGCUCGGACCUUCCGGGCCGACCGGGCCCCUGAUUACAAGGAGAAUCACGCAGAGGCUCAGAGAUGGGCCACGGCUGUCACCUGCCUACUUCGAGGGGUGCCCUUGCCUGAGGACCUUGAGAUCACCCCAGAGCUCCUGCCCCGGCCCCCCCGGCUGCUCCUAUUGGUCAAUCCCUUUGGGGGGCGGGGCCUUGCCUGGCAAUGGUGUAAGAACCAUGUGCUGCCCAUGAUUGCUGAAGCGGGGCUCUCAUUCAACCUCAUCCAGACAGAGCGGCAGAAUCACGCCAGGGAACUGGUCCAGGGGCUGCGUCUGAGCGAGUGGGAUGGGAUCGUCACUGUCUCUGGAGACGGCCUGUUGUACGAGGUGGUGAAUGGGCUCCUGGAUCGCCCUGACUGGGAGGAAGCUGUGAAGAUUCCUGUGGGAGUCCUGCCCUGUGGCUCUGGCAAUGCUCUGGCUGGAGCAGUCAACCAGCAUGGGGGGUUUGAGCCAGCAAUGGGCCUAGAUCUGCUGCUGAAUUGUUCCCUGCUCAUGUGCCGGGGUGGGGGUUCCCCGCUGGACCUGCUCUCAGUGACCUUGGCCUCGGGAACCCGCUGUUUCUCCUUCCUGUCAGUGGCAUGGGGCUUCGUAUCUGAUGUGGACAUUCAGAGUGAGCGCUUCCGGGUUCUGGGCCCUGCCCGGUUCACCCUUGGCACAGUGCUCCAACUGGCCUCCCUCCACGUCUACCCAGGCCGCCUCUCCUACCUCCCAGCAUCCUCCCCAGCCUCCAACGGUCCCCCUGCUCUGUCCCAGCCUCUUCCCCGAGCUGCCUCUGAACUGGCGCUGGCCCCAGCCCCAGCUUCAGCCCCUUCACAAGACACUCACUCACCCUUGCACCGCUCAGUGUCUGACCUUCCCCUGGCCCGAGGGGCAGACUUCCCCCCAGAGCCUCAGCUGGAUCCCUCCCCCUCCCCCUCAUUCCCCAGGGCCCUGCCUCCUCUCCAUCUCUCUUCCUCCCCUCCCUGCCUGGACCGUGGGGAGGCUCCUGCUUCCCCGUCAGCCCCCUCCAGUCUGUCUCCUUCCUCUAAGUCACAGACCUCCCUGGAGCCUGGGGCUUCUCCCGUUUCAGAGUCACCAGCCCCUGGCACCCGCCAUGGCCCCAAGGAUGACCUCUUGCCUCCCCUGGGCUCCCCACUGCCCCCAGGCUGGGUGACCUUGGAAGGAGACUUUGUGCUAAUCCUGGCCCAGUCGCCAAGCCAUCUGUGUGCUGACCUGGUGGCAGUCCCCAACGCCCGGUUUGGGGAUGGCCUGGUGCACUUGUGCUGGGUGCGGGGCGGGGUUUCCAGGGCUUCCCUGCUCCGACUCUUUCUGGCCAUGGAGAGGGGGAGCCACUUUGGCCUGGGCUGUCCCCAGCUCGGCUACGCUACAGCUCGAGCCUUUCGUCUAGAGCCGCUCACCCACCAUGGAAUCCUCACAGUGGAUGGGGAACAGGUGGAGUAUGGGCCUGUCCAGGCCCAGAUCCACCCUGGCUUAGGUACCCUGCUUACAGGCCCCGAGGCCCGAGAACCCCAGCUGGCCAGGGGGGAGGCCUGGGGGCCCAAGUGUGGAACUGUCCCCUGGGGAGGAGGCAAAGCCUAGCCCUGGUAUCCUCCCUAGGCUGGCUGGGGGAAGGAAGCCCAGCCUCCAGGCCCAGCAUCAGCUCUGGGCCUGUUGGUUUGGGGGAAGGCCUUGCUGGGUGGAGACAGCAUCUCUACUGGUUCCCUGUCUUGGGCUUCUGCUGGAGGGUAGAGCUUUGACUCUCUGGCCACAGGCCUGCUCCUCACUCUCUCACCUCAGGGGAUGAGGCUGGUCACCAGGGCCAGUCUCCACAUAGGGACCAGGGCUGGAGACAGGGUUUCCAGAGCAAGAUGGACCUCCUGAGAGUAGAGCCUCCCCCUCUCCAGACUCAUGAUGGGACCCAGAAUGUGGGGGGCACCAGAUGACGGGACUGCCUUCCCUGGGCCCCCAGAUGGGGGCUGCCCCUUCUGCCUCCUUUGCUCCUGGUGAGCACCCCCCCUUUUCUUUUGCACUAGGACCCCCUCCCUGAGGGGUGGGGCGUGCCAGGGACCCCUGGGGCCCCUGCCUCAGUUUCCCUCUCCUACCCCAGUGGUCUUCAAGGCUACAGCCUCUAUGCAAUAAACAAUAACAACGCUUGCUUCA